AUAGUGACUACAUUUCCCAGCAUGCAUGUUCACCAGCCCCCUCUCUCGUGCAGAGCUGCAUUUUUCCCCAGUCACCACGGAUGAAGACUGAGCGCGCGCUUCAGCUUUUUACAACCUUUCCACCAACUUUGAGGAAUUUCAUAGUUGCUGCAUUUUGUUUUUCGGCGAGUUGUUUUUAAAGAAUACAUUUUCAAGGAUAUUCUCAUCCUGUGUUUAUACUACAGCUCUUUACCGACGAGGUUUUAUUUGGUAAUCAGUGGUCACUUUUUUUUUGGUCAAAGAAACCUCCAGCUUUCUUUAUCAGUGAAACACAUGCAGUGUUUGGUCUUGCAUAGAAUUUCAACAAACCACUUUUUUGGAAGAGUUUGUUGUUUAAAACAAGUCGUUUUUUAUUUCGCUGGAUGGUAAUUCGUGUCUUUCUCAUGUGAGAAUCUGUAGCGCCAACCAACGCCUUUGCUGUGUGAACCGUAUGGUGUGAAGCACAAACACCAGCAGACAAAUACAGCUCGGUGCGCCAUCACUUUUUUUUUGGUCUAGCGUCGUUUCGGUUGUUUGUUGUUCAAAACAACAAACGGAUUAUAUGUGAAGAUGGGUUGCACCCUAAGCGCCGAGGAUAAAGCCGCGAUAGAGAGGAGCAAAAUAAUCGAUAGGAACCUGCGGGAGGACGGAGAGAAAGCGUCCAGAGAAGUCAAACUGCUGCUGCUGGGUGCUGGUGAAUCAGGGAAAAGCACAAUAGUGAAGCAGAUGAAGAUCAUACACGAAGAUGGCUACUCAGAAGAAGAGUGCAAGCAGUAUAAAGUGGUGGUGUACAGCAACACCAUCCAGUCAAUUAUUGCCAUCAUAAGAGCUAUGGGUCGUUUAAAGAUUGACUUCGGCGACCCAGCAAGAGCUGACGACGCCCGGCAGUUGUUUGUGCUGGCUGGAACAGCGGAGGAAGGGGUCAUGACCCCUGAGCUGGCUGGUGUCAUCCGCAGGCUUUGGAGAGACAACGGAGUCCAGAGCUGCUUCACCAGGUCCCGAGAGUAUCAGCUAAACGAUUCGGCCUCCUAUUAUCUGAAUGAUCUGGAGAGGAUAUCCCAACAGGGCUACAUGCCCACACAGCAAGAUGUGCUGAGGACUCGAGUGAAGACCACAGGCAUUGUGGAAACUCACUUUACCUUUAAAGACCUCUACUUCAAGAUGUUUGAUGUGGGUGGCCAGCGCUCGGAGAGGAAAAAAUGGAUUCACUGCUUCGAGGGUGUCACAGCUAUUAUCUUCUGUGUAGCCCUGAGUGAUUACGACCUAGUGCUGGCUGAGGAUGAAGAGAUGAACCGCAUGCAUGAAAGCAUGAAGCUGUUUGACAGCAUCUGCAACAAUAAGUGGUUCACCGACACCUCCAUCAUCCUCUUCCUCAAUAAGAAGGACCUGUUUGAGGAGAAGAUCAAGAGGAGUCCUCUCACCAUCUGUUACCCCGAAUACUCGGGUUCCAACACAUACGAAGAGGCAGCAGCUUACAUCCAGUGCCAGUUUGAGGAUUUAAACAGGCGAAAGGACACCAAGGAGAUAUACACCCACUUUACCUGUGCCACAGACACCAAGAACGUACAGUUUGUCUUCGAUGCAGUCACAGAUGUCAUCAUCAAGAACAACCUGAUUGAGUGUGGACUCUACUGAAGCGUGUUUGUUUCCAAAGUGUAGUGGGACUAAGGAGCAACGGAUCUCUUUGUCGCUGCCUGUAGUGGAUUCCAGUCAUCGGGGGGAAAUGACAAGACGCACCAUGGUUCUACCACACUGCGUGCACACCGUUGUUCUUACUGUGCAUUUUGGAGAAACUCUCUUAACUUCUUUAUUGGCGGUAUUAUCCUUUGUCUUUCUUGACUUCUCCAGCACGUCCGAGAGAGGUCAAGAGGGAUGACCGUGUUCUGUCCAUGGUGAAAUUACAGUUCAUUCAAGUUGCUGUUUGACUGGUAAUUCUUUCAACUCUUACAGUAAAAAAAAUACAUAUAUAUUUCUAUGCACACACCAGAAUCAUAAACGGUUGAGAUGCAUCUUGCCAUAAGAGGACUUUCUGACCAACUUCCUCUACAUAACUGUGAUUUCUUUGGCAAACUGAAUUUUUAACUUUCUCUGGUUAGAUUUAUAGGUAAAUUAUUGAUAUUCAGAUACUUUUUAGUUCUUUGUCUUUUUUCACUAUCACAAGUUCAUUGAAACAAGACAAAUGAAGGUGCAUAAUUUAGAGAAUUUUCACACACCUUUAGCUGUUUAGUUUCCAGAUCAGAGGUGCAAUAUCGAUUGUAGUUGCUUUAUAACCAAAAAGAAAGGUGAACAAUAGAUAAAUACUUCAGCUUAUUUCUUCUAUCCUUCUUUCUCUCUCUUUUUAAUGUGGACCACUACAUAACACCUUUUUGUUCUUUACGUGUGUAUGAACUAUUAUUGAGUAAUAAAUUCAUGACUGCAUGCAAAUGAAACUAAUGACUGGGUCAAGAACACUUUUUGCUAAUAAAUGUUGUAGAAAUCGUGGCUUUCCUGCAUGGAGGCUAAAUAUACAUUCACUGCUUUAUAUUUUGAAGGUUUUGUUGCUUGGACAUUAAAAAAAAUGUAGAUAGGCUUUAAUCUCAAUGACUGGUUUACUAAGUGUGUAAAUAUACAUGGUUUUUUUUUGUUUUUGUUUUUUUUACAUGAAUCUAACUUUCUUUUUUUUUUUAUUGUUAUUAUUAUUAAAUGCUCCUUUUUAGAAAUAUCAUAGAGUGUCUGAAAACCGCAAUGGUGAUCUGUGACUGACAAACAUAAGACUUGUUUGUCAGCUUGAUCUGCUUUAGUUCACACAUUUCUGCUCUUAAUUUUAAACAUUCGGAAAUGUCGAACUUUUGAAGUAAUGUUAAUUGUUAACCUACAGUUAAAGCCUCAGUUGAAUUUUUAACCCUCACUGUAAAAAUGUAUAAUUCUUGCUAAGAUCUUAUUAAGGGCUGUUGGAUGUUACUAUGUUAAUCAUUGGGUUUUUGUCUUAUAAAACAAACCGAUAUCAUCAUGGGGCAUUUUGUAAUUUGUUCUUGGUUUAAUUGUUGUUUCUUCAUUUCUCCAGCACAGUGUUAUGCAGUGUAUAAAAGUAUUAUCCAUAUCCAGCAACGUGUCUCAUUUUUCCCUGGGUCCGUUUAUGCCUUGCUUGUGUAAUACUUUUGUUUCCUGCUUGAAAUUUUUUUUUUGUUUUGUUUUCUGUACUGGGUCACUAAUAUCUAUUAAAGCACACAGAAACCGAA